AUGAGUACCAUCGCAAGCAAGAACCUCUACGACCUCCUGGGCAACGACCCGGACCAGGAUCCUGACAGGGCGCCCGACCCACCUGUCAAGGUCAUCGACAAGCCAGUGGCACGUACCGGCAAGCGAAAUGCUGGACCCGAGGCUCCGGCGAAAGAUGGCCUAAGGGGACCAACACCGGCUGCCCCAGCUGGCGGACGUGGUGGACGAUCGGAGGGAGCUGGCCGUGGUGACCAAGCCAACGGUCGCCCUGAGCGUCGUGACGACGGUCGCGAGCGCCGCCCCAGAGGAGACGGCCAAUUCCGUGGCGAGGGACGUGGUCGCGGACGAGGAGGUCGGGGACGUGGUGACCGACCACCGCGUGACGACCGUCACAGCCACACUGGCAUCGGCGAACAACAAAAGCAAGCCGCUCAAGGAUGGGGUGGUGAGAGUGGAAACGCCGAAUGGGCUGACGAGAAAGCCGGCGAUGCCAUUGCCAACGCCGAGGCCAAGAAUGACCCCAACGCUGCCGCCGACACUGAUGCCCGGGAUCCUGCUUUCACUACCGGACCCGACGGCGAGGUCGGCGCUGAUGCGGCCGAGGAGGAGGACAAGACCAAGUCCUACGACCAGUACCUUGCCGAGCAAAAGGAGAAGCGCGCCGCUCUCGGUGCCGGCAUUGAGAUCCGCAAGCCCAACGAGGGCUCCAAGCAGAAGUUCCCCGAGGGCAAGGCAUUCUCACGCAACCCAGAGGAAGAGGAAUUCAUGUCCGGAGCUGGCGGCAAGACCCGCAAGGCCAAAGACGCCGGUCCCAAGAAGGAGCAGAUCGUCGUCGACGGCCAGUACUACGCUGCUGCUGACUCGGGUGACCGUGGCGGACGCGGUGGACGUGGCGGUGCUCGUGGCGGCUCUCGCGGCGGCCGUGGAGAAUUCCGUGGCGAGCGUGGCGGACGCGGACGUGGUCGCGGCGGUGACUUCCGAGGAGGUGCCCGUGGCGGCGCUGACCGUGGCCCAGCCGCUCCCCGUGGCGGAUUCAACGCUACCGACGAGUCUGCCUUCCCGGCCCUCGGCGGUAACUAGAUCCAUAGCCCUCAUGGGCCAUGAAGACAGCACAAUCGAAUUGAUGCUGCAACACCUCAGCGUUCCAUGCGGGACGACACGUGGGAUGGAAAUGGACAUCCGGGUCGACCCUGCCUCUGCUCGCAUGAGUGAAAGUACGAAACGUUCGACGGCAAUUCUUACGUAGGGCGUGGAAACAUUUUGAUGGGCGGGAAACGUUUCACUUCUCAAUUUUCCACUUGGUGUUCAGGUAUCCCGCAUAAAUUAGGUUUGCCGACUGCUGCUGGAGUUGGGAGAGGGG